AUGGCCAUGAGGAAGGUGGAGGUGAUCUGCCUCGGCCUUCAGUUGGCAAAAAGCCUGAGGCUACGGCUAAAGCUAAGUCUAAACAUCUGGCCGUUGGCGGGAGUCCUUGCCGCGCACGUCGCUCCAGAGCCGCCGCACGCAGUUCCAGUGGUCCACGUCGGUCCAGAGAAAGUUCCUCGUCGGAUACAGGCUCUUCAGAGCUAUGGGAACCUGAAGCUGACCCAAACAGCAGUGACUUAUCCCCCGAUUCCCCCAGAGCAACCGGCAGAGCAGAGGCGCUGCCAGCGUGAGUGCUGCAAAUACAGGUGUGAAGAAAAGAGUUGCAAAGGGUAA